AUGCUCGAAAUCGCCGCCUUCACCGCCCCCUCCGCCAUAACCGCCUCCCGCACCGGCGCCUCGCGCAUCGAACUCUGCACCUCGUACUCCCUCGGCGGCACCACCCCCCCUCUCUCCACCCUCUCCCUCGUCCGCAGCGCAACCCACCUCCCCAUCACCGUCAUGAUCCGCCCCCGCGGCGGCGACUUCGUAUACACCGCUUCCGAGUACGCUGUUAUGGAAUCCGAAAUCGACAGUUUAAAGGGUCUGGCUGAUGGAUUCGUAUUCGGGAUUCUAGAUACAGAGGGAAGAGUGGAUGAGGAGAGGUGUACGCGCCUUGUGCGGUUGGCAGAGCCGCGGGCGUGCACGUUUCAUCGGGCGAUUGAUGAUGCGAGAGAUUUGCAGGGGGGGGUUGAGGCAGCCGUUCGGUGCGGGUUUAAACGUGUGCUAACGAGUGGCGGGGAGAAGAGCGCGGUGGAGGGGUUGGAGAGGAUACGCGGGUUGCAGGAAGUGUUUGGGGGGCGGAUAGAGAUUAUUGCGGGGGGAGGGGUGAGGAGUGGGAAUGUUGCGGUUGUGAAGGGGAUGACGGGGGUUCCGUGGGUGCAUUCUGCGGCUGUGACGGGGGAGGGGGAGGAGGUGGAUGGGGAUGAGGUUAGGAGGAUUAGUGGGGUGCUGGAGGGGAUAUAG